GUAAAGAGCGCUCGAGCGGCGGUGCGCUAGUCGCACGUGCCAAAAAAAAUCCCACGCGCCUUGGAAUUACUAUUACUGCUACAAUACUACAUAUCUGGAGUAUUUUUUAUUAUUAAUAAUAUCGCAGAGACUGGAUCAACGUACGAGACAGGAUGGGCUGAACAUGCGCACUGGAUUAUCCAUAGUGAUAUUCAUAUAAUUUUUAAUAAUGUCUCGAGACUAUACCGGAAUGGACUGUGGUUGCACGUGCAGCAGCGCUACGUAGCUCCGAAGGAAUAACGAAAAACGUAAAAAAUAAAUUAAUUAAAUCCCAACAGAUGGCUGAUUUUGACCCCAGCGCGAGCGCACCCGGAGAGGGCGGCAGGUGCUGGUCUCGCGCCGCAGGUGAGGCGGCGCGCGCCUGGUCGCACCUUGCCCGCACGCUCGUGCUUGUGUUCCCCGUGUACGCGCUCGGGUACUUGGAGCUGAGCGCGUGCUGGCUGCUGCUGGGGCUCGCGCUGCUCUUCGUGUGGAGGAAGCGGAGGGCACGCAGGAGCGCGCGGCUGCAGCGCGAGCUGGAGAGCAGGGAGUGGGGAGAGCACGAGGACAUGCCGGCAUGGGUUCACUUUCCAGAUGUGGAGAGAGUGGAGUGGUUAAAUAAGACGGUGAAGCAGAUGUGGCCGUACGCCUGCCAGUUUGUGGAGAAGCUCUUCAGGGAGACCAUCGAGCCAGCGGUGAAAGGGGUCAACUCUCAUCUCAGCACCUUCACCUUCACCAAGAUAGACCUGGGGGAUAAGCCUCUCAGGGUCAACGGGGUCAAAGUUUACACUGAGAACGUGGACAAGCGGCAGAUCAUCAUGGACCUCCAGAUCAGCUUCGCUGCAAACACAGAGAUCGACGUGGACAUCAAGAGAUACUACUGCAAAGCUGGGAUUAAAAGCAUACAGCUUCAUGGUGUGUUGCGGGUGGUGCUGGAGCCGUUGCUGGGUGAGAUGCCGCUGGUUGGAGCGCUCUCCCUUUUCUUCCUGAAGAAACCGCUUGUGGAUAUCAGCUGGACUGGACUCACUAACAUUUUGGAUAUUCCCGGCCUCAAUGGAUUCUCAGACAGUCUGAUUCAAGACAUCAUCUACAGUCACCUGGUUCUGCCCAACAGAAUCACUAUACCCCUGAUGAGCGACGUGGAGCUCUCGCAGCUGCGCUUCCCCAUGCCCAAGGGAGUAUUAAGGAUUCACUUUUUGGAAGCUCAGGAUCUGGAGGGGAAGGAUAAAUACCUGGGUGGGCUGAUAAAAGGAAAAUCUGACCCCUAUGGAGUCCUGCAGGUGGGCACUCAGCUCUUCCAGACCAAAACCAUAAAAGAGUGUCUGAACCCCAAGUGGAACGAGGUGUUUGAGGCGCUGGUAUAUGAGCAUUCUGGUCAGCACCUGGAGAUAGAGCUGUUUGAUGAAGACCCAGAUAAAGACGACUUCCUGGGCAGUCUGAUGAUUGAUCUCACAGAGCUUCAUAAGGAGCAGAAGGUGGAUGAGUGGUUUGAUCUGGAGGAAGCCUCCAGUGGGAAACUGCAUCUGAGACUGGAGUGGCUCUCUCUGCAUUCAGAUACUGAGAAACUAGAUCAGGCUCUGAGGAGUAUCAGGACUAAUGACAGUCUGUCUGCUGCUCUGCUGGUUGUUUAUCUGGACUCUGCCAGGAAUCUUCCGAGCGUGUUCGAGGGCAGUUUCGGCUGUGGGAACGUGAGGGAGCGGAGAGCGUCCGGUCUGGUCUUUAGCGAGAACUCGGAUGCUCUCUGUAGAGCUCUGUUUAGUGAGCAGCUUGAGUUUAACGCCGACGCUCCGAAACUGCCGUACAGAGGUUUACUGAAGUCUGGGAGGAAAGUAAACAGGGAUCCGAGCCCCUACGUUCAGUUUACAGUGGAAAAGAAGACCUACGAGAGCAAGGUUCGCUAUAAGACGUGUGAGCCGCUGUGGGAGGAGGCCUUCACAUUUCUGGUUAAUAACCCCCGUACUCAGGAACUGCAGGUGGAGGUGAGGGAUGCUAAGCACAAGUGUUCGCUGGGUGGUGCUCGGGUGCCGCUGGUGGAUCUCCUGGUGGAGAAGGACCUGACGCUGACUCAGCAAUUCCCCCUCAGCAACUCCGGCCCCAGCAGCACCCUCAAACUCAAGAUGGCACUCAGGAUUCUUUACCUCGAAAAGGAGACGACGUCCGGCCUGCCGUCCUCCGUCCAAAUCCGCCGCACCAGCCAGUGCGUCUCCUCACCGACCCCCCAACCUCAGCCCACCGCAUCGACCUCCUCCACCAGCAACUGCACCAACCACUCCCACUCAGUACGAACUGCCCCCUCCCCCUGCUCCCCGUCCCCCACCACGCCCUGCGCCGCCCCCCAGGGGCAGAGGGGCUCGGCGGGGUCUCCUGUGCGCCUGGCCGAGGCCGGCCGCAGCAGCUCCGGCUCGGCUCUGGGAGGCCUGACGCGGCAGCAGCAGAACCACCGAGACUCCACCCACAGCCUGGCCUCCGACACGUCGCUACCGUCCGCCACGCUGGAGCUGCAGCAUCGACUCACCCAGCUGCAGAAUGGCUCAUCUCAGGUUCAGUAUCCUCUGGGUGAGGUGCAGCUCACCAUCAGACACAGUUCUCACAGGAACAAACUCAUUGUGGUGGUCCACGCCUGUCGUAAUCUGAUAGCUAUGGGGAAAGACGGAGCGGACCCCUACAUCCGCCUCUACCUGCUACCAGACAAGAGCCGGGGCGGCCGCAGGAAAACCAGCACCAUCAGGAAAAACCAAAACCCCAUCUACGACCAGUCGUUUGAGUUUAUAGUAUCUGCUGUUGAGCUGAACAGGAGAUCUCUGGAUGUAGCUGUGAAGAAUGGAGGUGGACUCCUGUCAAAAAAUAAAGGACUGCUGGGCAAGGUUCUUGUGGGCUUGGCAGGUGAGGACAUUACUAGAGGAUGGACGCAAUGGUAUGUUCUGAGUGCGGGGGGGUCUCAGGGGGCGGGCUGAAGGAGGAGCUGAUGGUGGUUUAAUUGGACGUUCAGUGGAAAAGCAGAGCUGAAGACUGAAGUGUGGACCAGAGAGGAGCGGUUCUACAGAAGCGGGUCAUUCCUCGGUUAAUGAAACCAGGCUGCUUCUGCUGGGAUUCACACACUACAUUAUGCUAAACACACACACACACACACACACACAGCUUGAGAGGCUGACUGCUGAAGGAAUAGCUUGGUGAGAAACAAAUUCACACACAUGUGUAUUUUAUUUUUUUCCCCAUUUUCUCCCUAGUUUACACAGACAAUUACCCAACCCACUCAUCAGGACACAACCCCCUAUCACUAGUGAUGCUUUAGCAUUGCUGAGUAGCAUCACAGCGCUAACGCUCGGAGGAAAGCGCAGCGACUCAGUUCUGAUACAUCAGCUCACAGACGCAGCCUUGUGCUGAUCCACAUCACCCUAGGAGUGAUGAGAAGAAAGAGCACCAUCUACUGUACUGUACCCACCCAGAGAGAGCAAGGACAACUGUGCUCUCUCAGGGCUCCGGCAGCUGAUGGCAAGCUGCAUGAACAGUAUUUGAAACAGUGAUCUCCUGAUCAUAGUGGAAGCGCUUUAGAGCGCUGGACCACUCAGAGCCCCCCGAAAUCCAUUCACUUUAAACUGGACCAGAGAUCUUCCUUUUAUAAGCUUCAGUCCAUGUUUUAUAUUCCAGUGAUUUCUACAGUAUCAGUACAGAAUGUUAAUAAUAAACAUAUACAAUAAAACCAUCAUCUUUGUUGUAGAACCUUUGAUUAACCUCUUUAAAGGGUGUACGUGUUUUUUUUUCAGUCUCAUUCUUCCAUCAAAUGUAAUGACUUUUGAUUUUCAUACAGCUCUGGAAAAAAAUAAGAGAUCACUUAAAAAUGAUGAGUUUCUUUGAUUUUACCAAAUUAAAAACCUCUGGAAUAUAAUCAAGAGGAAGAUGGAUGAUCACAAGCCAUCAAACCACCAAGCUGAACUGUUUGAAUUUUUGCACCAGGAGUAAAGCAGCAUAAAGUUAUCCAAAAGCAGUGUGUAAGACUGGUGGAGGAGGAGAACAUGAUGCCAAGAUGCAUUAAAACUGUGAUUAAAAACCAGGGUUAUUCCGCCAAAUAUUGAUUUCUGAACUCUUAAAACUUUAUGUAUAUGAACUUGUUUUCUUUGCAUUAUUUGAGGUCUGAAAGCUCUGCAUCUUUUUUUGUUUUUUCAGCCAUUUUUCAUUUUCUGCAAAUAAAUGCUCUAAAUGACUAUUUUUAUUUGGAAUUUGGGAGAAAUGUUGUCUGUAGUUUGUAGAAUAAAACAACAAUGUUCAUUUUACUCAAACAUAAACCUAUAAAUAGCAAAAUCAGAGAAACUGAUUCAGAAACUGAAGUGAUCUCUUAAUUUUAAUAAUCCAGAGCUGUAGAAUGCACAUGUGUUUACACUCAUCAAAAACCUCCUCAAACGAUCAAACAACAACCGCGAGAGAUAGAAUCAGUGGAUCACAGAAUCCCGACGAGCUCAUCUCUUGCUGUAUCGGCCCUGUGCCUUCAUUUCUUAGCCUUCAAGGUGAGCUCUGUACAGGUAUUUAUGCACUGUUUUGGGGAAUCCUCUCAGAUUUUGAGAAUUGCAGGGGUUUGUACUGCUCUGUGUUCAUCACAAGCAGAUUUACAGCUUUAAUCAUUUAUUAUUUAUUUGAUUAACUGCUGUAAAAAAAACGAUGUAGCAUUUUUUAUGAGAAAGCUGUAGAGUGACUGGACACUUUAUUGGAAACACCUACCUUGUGCAUCCACACACUGGGCAUUUUAUUGGAAACUUCUAUCCCAAAAAACAUUCGCUCACUGGCCACUUUAUUGGAAACACCUACCAUGUACAUCCACUCCCAGGCCAAUUUAUUAGAAACACCUACCUUGUGCAUCCACUCAGUGGCCACUUUAUUGCAAACACCUACCUUAAACAUCCACAUACUGGCCACUUUAUUGGAAACACGUGACAUGUAGUUCCACUCACUGGCCACUUUUUAGAAACACUUACCCUUGUACAUCCACUCAGUGGCCACUUUAUUGGAAACACCUACUUUGUACAUCCACUCCCAGGCCGAUUUAUUAGAAACACCUACCUUGUGCAUCCACUCAGUGGCCACUUUAUUGGAAACACCUACCUUAAACAUCCACAUACUGGCCACUUUAUUAGAAACACUUACCCUUGUACAUCCACUCAGUGGCCACUUUAUUGGAAACACCUACCUUGUACAUCCACUCCCAGGCCGAUUUAUUAGAAACACCUACCUUGUGCAUCCACUCAGUGGCCACUUUAUUGGAAACACCUACCUUGUACAUCCACUCCCAGGCCGAUUUAUUAGAAACACCUACCUUGUGCAUCCACUCAGUGGCCACUUGGAAACACCAAUUUUGUACAUGCACACACUGGCCAAUUAAUUGGAAACAUCUACCUUAAACAUCCACCCACAGGCCACUUUAUUAGAAACACCUACCUUAAACAUCCACUCACUGGCCAGUUUAUUGGAAACCUCAGUUUUGUGCUUCCACUCACUGGCCACUUUAAUGGAAACCCCAAUUUUGUACAUAAACACACUGGCCACUUUAUUGGAAACACGUGACAUGUAGUUCCACUCGCUGGCCACUUUAUUAGAGACACUUACCCUUGUACAUCCACUCACUGGCCAGUUUAUUGGAAACCUCAAAUUUGUUCUUCCGCUCAGUGGCCACUUUAUUGGAAACACCUACCUUGUAUAUCUACUCACUCAUUGGCCACUUUAUUGGAAAUACCAAUUUUGUACACCCACACACUGACCACUUUAUUAGAAACACCUACCUUAAACAUCCACACACUGGCCACUGUAUUGGAAACACCUACCUUGUGCAUCCACUCAGUGGCCACUUUAUUGGAAACCUCAAUUUUGUACAUCCACUCAGUGGCCACUUUAUUGGAAACACCUACUUUUGUACAUCCACACACUGGCCACUUUAUUAAAAACACCUACCUUGUAUAUUUAUAUGAGAUAUGUAAAUGAGAACCUCAGCAGGGUGGAGCUACAAGAGGGGUGUUUCCGAUAAAGUGGCCAGUGUGAGUAAACUCUUUGCCAAAGAGAGUCCAGGCUGUGAACUCUGUACAUUAUUGAGUAUUUCUGUGAGUCUGCUGUGGCCGUGACUUUUAUUUUGAAAUGCUUGUAUUUGUAUCUGCUGUACAUUACUGUAUAUUAUUAUUAUUAUUAUAUUAAAAAUCUCUGUACAGAAAUCAGACAGAACGCUGUACAGACUGUACAGUAAAGCACUGUUAAUUUAAAGCCUGCGAAACCUGUAUGUAAGUCAUGUAAGAUUUUAAAAAAGAUUUUUAUUGAUUAAAAAUGUUUCAUUUUCUGAA